UGUUGACCAUCAUCUGCCCUGCUACAGAAAACCUGCUUCUGUUGCUCAUAACGAGUUUAGUGCUACUAUAUGCUGUUAAAACAAUGAUGUUGAAAUUCUGUUAGAUCGCUAUUUUUAAGGCCAAUGACUUUUUACCCUUAUCCUAGGUACCACCAAAAGUCCAGAGUUUUGUAACCUUAAAGAGUGUGAUGGAUUGUAGGGCGAUAGAAGAUCAGUUAAAUACACAGGAGCUGAAUCAUUUAGGGCCUUAUAGGGUAGUAGCAGUACUUUGUAAUCGAUACGGGACUUAAUAGGUAACCAAUGUAGAGAUGAUAAAAUUGGUGUUAUCGUAUAAUAUUUUCUUGACCUGGUAAGAACUCUGGCAGCUGAAUUUUGGACUAACUGUAGCUUGUUUGUUGAGGAUGCAGGACAACCAUCUAGUAAUGCAUUGCAGUAAUCCAGUCAUAAAUGCAUGAACUAGCUUUUCUGCUUCAGAUAACAUGUUCCAUAGCUAAAGUGAUGUUUCUGAGGUGGAAGAAGGCUGUUUUUGUAAUAUGUGAAAUAUGAUUUUCGAAAGACAAGUUGCUGUGUAGUGUCUAAUUUAACACUCAGGUCUUUAACUGUAGAGGAUGAAGUAACAGUUCAUCCUUCUAAAUGCACAUUGUAUUCUAAGAGAUUCUGUAUAUAGGUUUUUGGCCCAAUUAGUACUACCUUAGUCUUACCUGAAUUUAAUAGAAGAAAAUUACUGGUCAUCCAGUAUUUUAUAUCUUUAACACACUCUGUCAACUUGGAUAAUUUAGAGAUUUCAUCUGGUCGUGAGUAUCAUCGGCAUAACAGUGGAAACUAAUUCCGUGUUUUCUAAUAAUAUUACCAAAGGCAGCAUGUAUAUUGAAAAUAGCAGAGGGCCUAACACUGACCCUUGCGGUACUCCAUAAUUUACUGACGUUAACUUGGAUAAUCACCCCUAUAAAUAAACAAAAUGGUAACUGAUAGGUAUGAUCUAAACCACCUUAAUGCCUGUCCCUGAUUUUUGAACAAAAACAAGUAAAUCUCUUGUACACUUGUAUUAUCAACCUUUUGCAUUAUGAAUGUGUAAAUUUUUUUAUUUUGCUAAUGUUAUAAAAUAUAUUUGUUGCAUUUGUGCAAAAAACGUUUCAAUGUUUUUUCUGUCAUGGGUGUGGUCCUGUAUGAUCCGGUCACUGUGACUUUCCUUUGGGGAAGUCUUUGGCUUCGUAUUGUAAUUCAUGUACAUGUCAAUGGUUGCGACUCCACAGCCAGAUGAUAACAUCUGGUUUUCACAUGCUCCUUGACGCACAUUGUUCUUCCUGUAGAACACACUCCAGAAGGAUGUAUGAGCACUUAAAAAAACACACUUGAAACAUUGUCAUUUCUAUCAGUUAAGGUUGUUCUGCGGUUUACGGCACUCUGCCUGUCAAACAUUUUGACUAGUGGUUUCAGGAUAUUAAUUUCAAUUCAUUGGCUCAAGACUUCCUAACAUCAACGCAUCCCGAAUGCAUCCCAAAAUUUCAGUAGUCACUCAUCGUUUGUAGCCUACAGCAAGUUUCCUCACAAGACCUAACAGGGUCUGAUAAAGAGAAGUCAAUGUUAAUGCAGUCUUUUGUGUACAUGUACAGAGGAGCUUUUGUUCGUCUACAGACUUCAUUGGGAUUUAGGGUGACCCUCAGCAGAUCGGUAGAGAAUAGUAGUGCUCGAGUGCUCCUUUGUAAAGCCAAAGGCAUAAAAGAAUGGCUUGUUUGAAGGAGCGCUUUCCUGAUGAACGGAUACAAACCAGAGGCUGUGUUGAUGUCUAAAGGUCGUCUCUAAGGAAGCAGCUGUACAGGGGAAACUCCUUCCCGAGCAGACACUCACUCUGAAGGGUUGAGCUACUGAUGCACUCUGUGACACUGUAUCUUACGGUUAUCCUGAAUAUGGUUUUUGCAGAAUUGCUGUGAUUUUAAUGCCCCUGUACUUUCUUCUCUUUCCUCACAGAUGAGAUUAUGCAGCAGGAGAUCAGGCCAUUACUGGCUGUCGACAUAAUUGAACAACUUCACAGGCAAUUUGCUCUUCUUUCAGGAGGAAGAGGAAAAGAUGGAUCUCCUAUCAUCACCUUCCCAGAGUUCUCAGGUUUUAAUGAGGUGACAGACGAAGAUUUCGUUAAUGUUGUCACAUACCUGACCAGCAUACCAAGCAUGGAUGCUGCUAGCAUCGGCUUCAUCAUCAUCCUGGACCGCAGGAAGGACAAAUGGAACUCAGCAAUCACUUCUCUGGCACGGAUAGCGGGCUCCUUCCCAGGAAAUCUGCAGCUUGUUCUGGUUCUCAAACCUUCACGCCUCCUCCAGAGGGCCAUUGCUGAUGUCAGUAUGCGGUUACAUAGGGAUGAUUUCAAAUUGAAGGUACCGAUAGUUAUGCUAAAUUCCCUGUCAGACUUGCACGGCUACAUUGACAAAGGCCAGCUGACCUGUGACCUGGGGGGAACCCUGGACUAUUGCCACAGUCAAUGGAUUCACCAUCGCACAGCCGUUGAGAACUUUGCGUUAACAGUGAAGAGCACAGCACAGAUGCUGCAGCAGUUUGGAAUUGACCUGGCAGAAACUGAACUUCCCAAUGAUGUGCAGUGCACUAAAGAUUUGCUUAUCACACACACCGAAAAACACGAUAAGCUCAAGGAUGAGCUAAAAUUGGCCGUAAAACAAGGAAAUACCCUGCUGUCCUGUAUCAAAGACCAGGCCAGCAAAACCGAGAGCCGCAUUUUGAACCCAGAUGAGGUAGAGAACCAAACAACUGUUGAAAGGUUGUUAGCGCAGCUCGAUGAGACGGAGAAUGCGUUUGAACAGUUCUGGUCGAAGCAUCACCUCAAAUUAGAGCAGUGUUUACAGUUACGGCACUUUGAGCAGGACUUUAGAGAGGUGAAAGUUUCUCUGGACGGCCUGAUGGAAGCCUUAUUGGGGCUGUCCGACACCGGGGACUGUGUGGCUCGAGUCGAUCACCUACUGGGGGAUCUGAAAACCUUGGAGGACAAAGCUCAGGAGUCCUUGGAGAAAGCUCAGCUUCACGCUCAGCAUGGGGACCAGCUCAUUCAAAGUAACCAUUACGCCGUAGACUCCAUCCGCCCAAAGUGUGUCGAACUGCGUCGGAUCUGCGAUGACUUCAGCAAUGAGGCAAAAAAGAAACGUGACAUUCUAACCAAAUCACUUGAAAUCCACAAAAGAAUUGACGAGGUGAUCCAGUGGUGUGAGAGUGGAGUGUAUCUGUUGGCCUCUCAGGCUGUAGACAGAUGCCAGACCCAGGAAGGUGCAGAAGCAGCACUGAAGGACAUCGAGAGGUACAUGAAAACAGCCAAAGAUCAGCAGCUCAGUCAUCUCAAAGACCUCAGCAACCAGUAUGAGAUCGCCCUCUCAGAGCUGGUCAAGAGCAAAACCCAAACUGCACUUAAAAGGCUGGAUGACGUUCAAGAGAUGUUUGAGAAAAGACAUGCAAGUCUGAAAAAGCUGUCUGCAAAGCAAGCAAGGCCGGUGCAACCUGUUGCACCUCGACCAGAAUCAUCACCAAAACGCACUUCGCCUAAAAUCCCGCAUUCUACUCCACCUGCAUCAAAUCGCAAAGCUGCAGAUAACUCCUGCGCCAAUAAGCAGCCCAGUGACGCAGAGCUGGCAAAAAGGAAAAAUAUUCGCAAAGCCAAAGGUGGCAUCAAGAUUGAAGUCAUGCAUGAAGGAGGCCAAGGGGGGUCGAGUCAUGUUCUCAUAAACAAUGAAACUGAAGAGUCGCUUUCAAACAGACGCAGCCACAUAAUGAAUGAAUUGAUUGAGACGGAGAGGCUGUACGUGGAAGAGCUGCAGAGCAUCAUAGAGGGAUAUGCAGCUGCACUGGAUGACCCCGAGCUGAUCUACCUGAUCCCACCGUCUUUGGAAAACAAGAAGGAAGUACUCUUUGGCAAUCUGCCAGAAAUCUACGAAUUUCACCAGAAGACAUUUCUUAGAGAGCUGGAAAAUUCUGCAGAAAAGCCAGAGUUGGUAGGAGUAUGCUUUUUAAAGCGGAAGGAAGAGUUACAGAUUUAUGAGAAAUAUUGUCAGAAUAAGCCACGCUCUGAGGCUCUGUGGCGGCAGUGUGGGGACAGUAUGUUCUUUCAGGAGUGUCAGAAAAGGUUGGACCACAAGCUUUCUUUAGAUGCGUAUCUGCUAAAGCCUGUGCAGAGAAUCACCAAGUACCAACUGAUGUUAAAGGAGAUGUUGAAGUGCAGUAAGAACUCAGAGGGCACCGCUGAGCUGGAGGAAGCUCUGGCCACAAUGCUAGACAUUAUCAAAUCAGUCAAUGACUCCAUGCAUCAGAUUGCCAUCACUGGUUUUGAGGGCAAUCUGAAUGAUUUGGGAAAACUGCUCAUGCAGGGCUCGUUUAACGUUUGGACAGACCAUAAGAAAGGUCACAGUAAAGUGAAAGACUUGGCACGCUUCAAACCCAUGCAGAGACAUCUCUUCCUCUACCACAAAAUCCUUUUGUUCUGCAAGAAACGUGAGGAGACGUCUGAUGGUCAUGAGAAAUCCCCUUCCUACAGUUUCAAGCACUCAUUAAAGAUGAGCUCAGUGGGAAUCACAGAAAAUGUAAAGGGAGACAUCAAGAAGUUUGAAAUCUGGUACAAUGGCAGAGAGGAAGUUUACAUCGUUCAGGCUCCUUCCAUGGAAGUGAAGAACACAUGGGUGUCAGAGAUCCGCAAAGUCUUAACAAGCCAGCUGGAGGCCUGCCGAGAAGCCAGUCAACUCCAUCAGAAGAUUACAGAGAACAUCUACCAUGCUCCCAUGAGAAAUAUGCGCAAAACAGCUCUCCGACAGUCGGAUUCUUCUAGUCCUGAAACAGGCUACAGACGUGACACAGGCCCAAAUAUGCGUCAGAAACGAGCUGACGCUUCAGCCAGCCUCGGCUCAGAGCGAUCUGCUCUUGCUAGAAAGCGUUUCACCUUACAGGGCCUGUCAAACCGCAGGUCUCUUCCCGCAGAACCCGCACCUAAGGAGACUGAAGUCACACGGCGCUUUUCUUUAGCCUCAACCGUCAGCUCCGCCUCUGCACCACGCACUAAAGUUCCUCUCUCCGCUAGCCUUAAGAGCAAGAGGCAUCAGAUCAAGAGCGACCCUACACCAUUUGGCUAUGAAGACACCAUGCGAGGUGCACAUCCCACUGAGAGCAAAAGUAAAGGUACCGUCGGUACCAAGCCCGCUGUGCCGAGGUCUGCGUCUCAACCAGGAUGGAGUCAACGGCGUCUGCCGUCAAUGGAUGCUGAGGAUUUUGAGACCAUUCCUUCUAGUGCUGAAGAACUCUCCAUUUCCUCAGAUGGAGAAGAUGAAGGACAUAACAAAAACGGGGAUAAUGAGCGCUAUCAGGUGCAGCUGACGUACGAGUCAGGUACCGCUCAGGAUCUUUCCGUGGAGGCGGGGGAGUUAGUACAAUUCCUAGAAGAGUCGGAGAAUGGCCACUGGCUAGUCAAGAACCUUAGAACUCAGAAGACAGGACUGGUGCCACCCACUGUCCUGCAGUCCACAGCAGAGGAAGUAGACCUAUACAGUAACUCUGAUAUUUUCAGUGACCUCUGCACCGCUGCCCUCACCGAUACAGAGGACGCAGACGACAGCACCUGGCCGUGUCCCGCUCAGGACAGCAGAUUUGCAUGCUGAACGUGCCGUGAUGUGUCCUCGCUUUCCGUAGUGCCAUGCUUAUACAUCAUACUCGACAACAGCUCGAUAUCUUUUGUAAUACUACACAGACAUCUGCUCCGCUGAAGGAAUAAGUAAACUCUGCUGCUAUAUGACCGUUUUGAUGAGAAAGACUGACCAGAACAGAUUCCAGUCUUUUCUGGCCUUCUCCAGAGCUGAUGUGACAUUGACAACAUUCUGCAAUCGUGAGUCAGAAAUUCAACAUGCAGCCUUCGUGCGUUCACUCUGCUGUGCCUUAACAGCAAAUGCAGGGGUAUUUGAAGGGAAAUAUCUGGAUACAAUCGCAACAGACUUCUGUGAACACCAGACAUUGUGUGGUAUGAUAUCUGCACCGAGAUGGCCAUCUGACAACACUGAGAGGAAGAGACUCUAGACCGUUCCGUCCUGCUGAAACUUCUACUGAAAUGCUUAAAUAUACUUGAUUGUUUUGUUGUUUAUUUCUUAUUUGCUUAUGAGACUGUUGGUCAGAAACACAGCACUUUUGAUGAAUUAAUAUUCUUUAAUGUACAAUAUUUAUACUCUCUUUUAUAUUCUGACAUGAAAGCCAUCUGUAAAGUUUCGUUCCUCUGCUGUUUGGAAAGCUGAAUAUCUUUAAUCCUCUUCACAUAUUUGCCUCUACUUGAUAUAUUCAUCUCUAUCAUGGUGUGGUUGUACAUAAAAAAAUCUUGAAACAUAGUUUAAAUGUGUAAUAUUUACAGAUUUUUUUAUAUUUCAGAUGAUUGUUGUAGCAUAAAUAUUCCAGCUUUGCUGUUAUUUUACAGUACUGCUCGUGAAUGUUGUCAGUUUGUGCUAAAAAAAUAACAGAAUCCAAUACAGAAAUCAUAUGUACUGUAUCCUUCCUGCUAUGACAUGAAGAACCAGACAAUAGUUUGACAGUGAAUGUAGUAAUGAUGCCAAAUGUUUCAUCUCAUAACCGUAAAUAUCCACAUAUGAUUGUGAUUUAAAUAUAAUUAGUGGUUUGAUUACUUUCCAUAUCAACCUGAUCUUACUGGUUUGCUUUAUUUGUUUGUAUGUAAAUAUCUAAGCACAAAGAUUUGAUAUUGAAUGCCGACGUAAUUCUUGGUAGUAUCAUCAUUCUGUGUUCAUAUACAUAUGUGAAUAUUUUGCUUUUACAGCUUCCCUAUGGAUAAUAUUACAGCUGAUGUGAAUAUGUAUUACAUGACUCUGUACAUUUUCAAAUCCAUAAUGAAAUACAUUCAUUACAAAACCA